UGGCGAGGCAGUGUCAGCACCGGAGCCGAUGGGGCGUGGGGACGAUGGCGCUGGGCAGGAGUGCGGGCCCGGCGGCACCCGCGGGACCGACGGUCGGGACCGCUCGGCGCCGUAUCUCCUGCUCACCCUCGGGUUUUCGAACACCGCGCCGUUCUCAGCGGCUGGCUCCACUAGAAGCCCGUCCCGGCCGACCACGGCCCCGAGGAAGCCGCUGGCGACGGCUGAGAGCCCCGUGGAGGAAAUCGGCGGACACGCAGCCCCGGCUCCGCGCCUGCCGCUCCCGCCAGCACCGGCGCCGCCGCCUCGCCGCGUCCCCGCCGGCUGCGCCCUGAGCCCUCUCAGUGCGCCGCUCCACCCGCUUUGGUUUGACGAAUCCCUAGGGAGCGGAACGGCUCCGUUACCCGCGCACGGGGGCAGCGCCCGGGCGCAUCUUCCCGGCACCGGCUCCAGAGACCCGGCUGGGAGCGCGGCGGGAUCGCGCCCGGCUCCGGCUGUGCCAGAAGGGCAGACUGACACACAGCGAGGGCCGUGAGCUUAAAAAGCACGGAAAGGAUACCCUUCAGUUUUAGCUACAGAGAAGGUGAC